AUGAAGCGAGCAUCAAGUUGUCUCGAUGAGCUGGACCCCACUACGGAGCCUAUGGACAAGAAAAAGCGCGUGGAAAACCCCUUCGACCAUGCUGCAAUUGAGACCUUCAUUCGGAAUGGGUUUGUGCUGCUACCCGAGGCUUUCUCACCAUCCACUGCACAAAAGUGUCGCGAGCUGAUUUGGCACCGACUGGCUCAGGAUGGUAUCACGAAAGACCCGACUACGUGGGUAGAGCGACACGGCAUUGCAGAUGUCUAUAGUGCUCCACAGGACGGUCAAGUGUGGCACGAGGUGGUGACGCCACGUCUAAAGCGAGCAAUGGACCAGCUCUGUGGUUGCAAUCGAUGGAGAAAAGACUUUGGUCUUGGGUGGUGGAUGAUCACGUUUCCGGGCCAGGCAGAGCCGCCGUGGGACGCUGCCGGCAAGUGGCACGUGGAUGGCGCGUCGUACCAACACCAUGUGGAUAGUCGAGAGUCCGGGCUGCUGGCAAUCUUCCUCUUCUCCGAUAUUGGGCCGGGGGAAGGAGGGACGGCGUUGUCGGUGGGGUCGCAUAAACGAGUUGCCAGGUUGCUGGCGAAGAACGAGCCGCGGGGGAUGAAAGGUGGUGCAGUGAGCUACCAAGCCAGACAGUUUCGACGACGAGAGGUUGUGGAGGUAAACGGCAAGGCGGGUGACGUGAUGUUAGUGCACCCGUUCUUGCUGCAUGCUCGUAGCAAGAAUUUGGGGCAAAAGGGAGUGAAGUCGGUGCGUAUCAUGUGUAACCCGAAUGUGCAACUUCACCGCAAGAUGAACUUGAGCCGCGCUGACGGUUGCUAUAGCCCCGUAGAGCAGGCAAUUGUUGAUGCCUUGCAGGAACAAGAGACGGGUGUUGAGGAAUAG